UGAGAUGCAUGCUACUACGGUACUACUACCAUCCAACCAAAACUAGGUUGUCCUAAACCAUCAUUCAUCCUUCAUUUUGCUGGUUUCAUUUCUAUUUCCCCAAACCGGGCCUUCUGUAGAUUGAUAUGAAUUAAAAGAUCCAGCCCAGCCCAGCCCAAGAAUCAGAAGGAUCUCUUCCCUUGCCACUUGCUUCGCUUGAGGUGGUGCAGUUGAAGGGGAAGGUUCGGGUUGGGAAGUUGGCAGGUGUUUAGAUCGGAGCGAGGGUCGGAGGCUGGUACAGUUGGUAGCUUGGUUUUGCUUUCACUCGCCCUUGCCAACUCGGAGCUUCUCUGUUUCCGUUGUUAUGUUAGGACUGCAUCCAUGAGUCUUACAGAAAUUCUCUGCCACUUCAUGGUGUCGGAGUUGAAGAGGACCGCUCUAGCGUCGAGAAUAGUGGGUCGUCAAGGGUUUCAUACAAUUUGUUAAACAUCGAAGGUAUGCAUUCUAAGUGAAAGUUAUUGAUUCUCUGUUUGUAUUUGGGUUCACUGAACUCAUUCGGCGGGGGGCUUCUCUAUGCAGAUGUUUCACCUAUUGAAUCUGCAAGGGCUAGACUUUUGCAAAUUGUUGUGGAUUACUUCAUUACCGAUCACUUGAUUGAGGUGACGGAUAAUGGCAGUAGCGAGUAUUCUGGUCAUCCUGGGCAAGAUAGUUUAAUGAAGAGGAAGUCUGGAGAUGUUAGAUACGAAGGGGAUCCGAGGUUUGCUUUGCCCUUGAUGUAUGUCGCCAAUUUGUAUGAGAUGCUAGUGAAUGAUGUAAAUUUAAGAUUGGCUUCCUCGAAUUCUAUUCGUGAUAAGACCAUUGGAAUAGCUCUUGAAGCAGCUGGUGGUUUGUACCGAAAAUUGGCCAAAAAAUUCCCCAAGAAAGGUUCUUGUUUGUUUAAAAGAAGAGAACUGGCAACUUCUGUGGAGACAAGAACAGGAUUUCCAGAGUUAGUGAUCCAAGAAGAGAAAAGAGUGCGUUUUGUGGUGGUGAAUGGUUUGGAUAUAGUUGAGAAGCCGACGAAUCUGCCCAGAGAAGAUGCAGAGUGGUUCAAGAGACUUACUGGUCGGAGUGACGUUGCUGUAUCUGCCCAAGACUACAAAUACUACUCUCCAAGGCACAAGUACAGACGUAUUGUAUCUAAUGUUCCUGGAUUACCGGUAAGUUUUAGUUUCCUUUUGGUUUCAGAUUCAGUUUUGCCAGUUUAGAUUGACGAGAACUGUAAUGAGUACUGGACAAAGGGAAAGUGAAUUUGGGUAUCAAGCAUGUUCAAGUUGGAAUGUGUUAGUUAGAAUCACUCCGUAGUUUUCAUAUAUUAACAAAGGCCUAGUUAUUCUGUUCUAGGAGUUUUAGAAACGUCAUAUAUUUGUAGUGAAGAUGAUUAUCUUUUGUGACAUAGUUAAACCACAAUGGGAUGCUAAUUGGUAAUUUCUGUUGUUAUAUGAAUGUUCUAUGAUUACAGGCUUUACUAAAUUGUCAGAUAGGUUAAUUAAACUUGAUUGUGACUCGAUACUUCCACUGGCGAUCCAUGGGACAGACAGUUCAUCUGCAAUGUCAGCUGAUCAAGGAUUCCGCUCAGUAGAGGUCUUUUAAAUAUGAUAAAGCGAGAGAUUAUAUAUUAUUCUGUUUAUUGCUCCACUUCGUGAUAUUCUCCCCUGAGUACUGUAGCAUAACAGCUAUGAGAAGCGAACUUAAUUAGCACGAACUUGUUGUUAAAAUACAUAAACCAUUUGACGGAACUUGCUCAAGUGCAUCAAACUUAUUGCAAGGUUUACAAAGUUGGGGGUAUAGCUUACAUGAAUAAAUUGAGAAUUGAAUUAGGUAUGGGGAUCUAGUUAUAUUGUAAUAUACGUGUGAUCAUUGUUGAUGUUAGCAAAGAAUGAUUGAUUCAACUGGUUGUCAUUUGGUUAGUUAACCUAAAGUGGGGAGUGGGGACUUGGGAGUCAUGCCUUUUCUCUUUCUUUUGUGGUUUUCUGAAACUAUCUUUUGGCAGUCACAUGGCCAUGAGCAGACUCCUCCAAAGCAUAAUGCACAGCCGUUGCCAAACCAGCCACAUUUUCAUCCAGUUCUUCAAGCACAUCACAGCCAACAUACUCCACACUUCUCCCAAAGCCAUCAAUGUGGACCUCCUGCUCACAUGCCAGAGAUGACACAUGCCCACCAGUCGCCUACCAUUUCUCAACACAUGUCUUAUUUACAACCCCUUGCAGGAAGCCAUUGCAUUUAAUGGUGAGAGCUAUUGUGAUUGAAUAUAUUGACUGCAUAGGAACUAGGAGAACGGUCCAGAGUCCAGACACUAGAAAUGAACCUUGAUUCUUUGAAAAUCAAAUGCCGGUAUGCCAAUCAGUUCUAGGUCUUGCUGAGAGAUCCUAUUGCACUUUCGCAUUGCGUAAACUCAUCCCUGGUAACACCAAAAAAAGACUCAUCCCUAGCCAGUAUGUUUUGACUGAAAAUACUAAGUGAAAAUCCUAGGAAGUUUGUGACAUGGAGAGAUCUAGUAGCAUACCAACAUAUCCAGCUGUUUCUGUAUUUGUUGUUUCUUUCAGUGUCUUGGUUAGUAUGGUGUUUGAUUGCCUCAUUUCUAUAACAAGGAGGCCUAGUAGUAAGUUCUAUCUUGUAGGGAUGGCUAGCUGACUUGAUUUUGCCAACUCUUGCAGCCAAGUAGCCCUGCGAAGUUCUGCGAUGAAUGUGGUGCUCCUUAUUUGAGAGAAACUUCAAAGUUCUGCUCUGAAUGUGGCACAAAGAGGCUGGGAACAUGAGCGAAUGACGCGGUCUGUACGUGGAAUAAGAUUCUUCCCAUGUAAAUUUUUCUAGUGGCUGUUGUAGUCAUUCAUUGUCUAGUAUAUUGGUUAGUUUGAUGAAGCGAGAGAGAGGGCAAGGGUCAAGGGCUGUGGCUUAGGGACUUUUACCUUUUGUUGUAGUCCGUUCGGGCUUGAUAUAACGUCGAUGAUUCUCUGUCUUCAGCUUUUCGUGCUCUAGGCGCAAUUACUCUGUAAUCUAAGAGGUUGAUUGAAACCGAAGUUCUAAGAUGCUAAGAAAUUAAUUUCUUUGUG